AUGGUGGUCAAAUCAACUCUCUCCCCAGGCCACGGCCAUGACCCCCAAAAUGUUUCCCUUCAUGACAGCGCCGUCUGCUGUGACGGUGGGGCAGGACCCAAUGAAUUGGUCGAUUUUCCUGUGGGAGUGGGCACUGCACCAAUAACUGCGGCUGCCGCAGCAGCAGCUCAUGCCGGUUCCAUGGGCAGCCGAGAGAGUUUGUUGCUGGCCAAUGAGGCAGUGGCCGCUGCCCAUCAUCCCAGUGCUGGACAAGGUGGGUCUGGGGGUGUGGCUGCUGGUCCCGGUCAUCAUUCUGGCAUGCUUGUACAUCCAUCUAUGCAUCCGGCCAUGCAUCCUUCGAUACAUCAUCAUCGUCAUCAUGGAGGUUCACAUGCUCCGCCUCAGUAUGCCAAUCAGAAGACUCGCAUGCGAACCAGUUUCGAUCCGGAAAUGGAGUUGCCCAAAUUGCAGAAGUGGUUCCAAGAGAAUCCCCAUUCUUCACGCCAGCAGAUUCAGAAUUAUGUGGUGCAAUUGAAUGCCUUGGAGUCGCGUCGAGGUCGCAAGCCUUUGGAUGUCAAUAAUGUGGUCUACUGGUUUAAGAAUGCUCGCGCAGCCCAGAAACGGGCCGAGAUGAGGGGCAAUGUGACCACCACAAUGAGUGCCAUGGGACACGCGGCCAUGAAUGGUUAUCUGAGUCAGCAUCAUGGAGCCCAAUUGGGGCAGAACUCCAGCUCGAGUGCUGGUAGCCAGCCCAGCAUGAUCAUGGGCAAUCUGUCGGGCAUGUCGCAUGAUUAUCUCAAGAGUCCCAUGAGCUUGAAAUCAGAAGAUAUUGAUACCAUGUUCCAGCAUUCCGAUGAUAUGGAUGAGGAGGUGCCUGUGAGUCGGUUAAAUACUUUACAAUUGCCGCUCUCCCUGACCACCCACGAGAGGAAUCGGAAUUUCCCGCUCAUGGAUGGCGAUGAGAAGCACGAUGACGAUGAGGCCACAGCACCCAUCGAUGUGAAUGGCAAUGUGCAUGAGGACGAACGCCAACAGCAACAGCAGCAGGAGAAAUCCAAUGAUGAGCACAAGGAUGACAUUUCCAAGGAGCAUACGGAAGGUGGACAUAACGAGCAGGAUCAUGAGCAAUUACCCGAUGAUUCGGCUCUCAAUCACAACAAUAAUGAGAAUGAGUUGACCACCCCGAAAAACCACCCCCGUAUGCAACCGAAUGCUCUUACCGGGGCCGGGCUCAAUGGCUCGAGCAUCUCGAAUGAGGAGCGACGCAAAAGGAAUCGCACUUUUAUUGAUCCGGUCACCGAAGCGCCCAAAUUGGAGCAAUGGUUUGCCAUGAACACGCAUCCGUCGCACAAUUUGAUACUCAAAUACACCGAGGACUUGAACACCAUGCCCUACAGUUAA